AAAUAUUCGCUUCUACUUUUGUUUUUGUUUACAAUUUUUGGAUAAAAUAGAGUAAAACAUAAUUUGAUACCUAUUAAUAAAUUCAAGAACACUCAUUUUGGCGUUUCCCAACCAUUUAACAUAAAUCUCUUGAACACUGAUAAGAGCAGCUGAGCUCAGAGAAUGUACGAUUUGAUUUUAGUUGAUGGGUGCUUCGAGUGCAAUGCGGUCACAUUUUGCAUUGAUUCCUUUGUUCGCUUUGUUUCUUGGCCACCAAGGUGCUUCCCAGUUCCUGGAGUAUCCCUGUGGAUCUCCGAUUGGGAGCAGGAUUAGCGGUGGCUCCAACGCAAACUUUGAAAAUUCUAUUUAUAUGGCAGCCAUUUUUAAUCAAAGCAAUCAUUUUCAAUGCGGUGGCACAGUGAUAAAUAAACUCUUUAUUUUGACUGCUGCUCAUUGCUUGGAUACCAAACAAAGGCUAUACGUGAAUUUGGGAGCGUACUACAAAUACACCCCAAAGCGUCAGUACGAUGUCAGUUACGGCUUACAGCACCGUGACUACAAUAAAUUCAGUGGCCAGAACGAUAUAGGCCUGCUUAAACUGGCAAAUAGUGUCGAUUACAAUCGUCAAAUUCAACCAAUGUGCAUUUAUUUGAAUAAGGAGAUUAAAAAGCAAUUAGCGUCCGUGCAAACGUUUGAAGCCUUUGGUUGGGGCCGUAAACGCGACGGGCUGGAAAGCGAUAUUCUUCAAACUAUCACUCUUAAUCAACUAAAUCAACAAUAUUGCAAAUCUGAGUUGGGUGAAAGUCUUAAUUCGACUCAGAUCUGCGCUGGUGUCUCGAAUGGAGACACCUGUGAAGGCGAUUCUGGCGGUCCGUUGGCUCAAAAAGUCAAGUUAAUUAAUAACACGAUACUUGUAGUUCAGUUCGGAAUCAUAAGCUAUGGAAAAAAAACAUGCGAUUCGGUGGGGGUGUAUACGGAUGUGACCAGCUAUGUAGAUUGGAUUCAGGAAACAAUAAGCAAAUAUAAAGACAUGCUCCCCGCCAAAUCCACCCCAAUCCCACCUGUUCCGCAAAAUUAUCAGCAGGUGAAUCGGCCUGUGGCUCCGGAGGUGUGGAUUAAUAGUGUCUGCGGUGGGGAUGGAAACUCGAUGACAUCGAUCAUACGCCCAACCAUUUAUGGACCUGAUUUUAAGGCGCAGGGCGUGCUGAUUGCAGACCGAUUUGUCCUUACAGUUGCCGCAGACAUGCCAGAAAAUGCCGCCUCAUUAGAAGUGUCUGUGAUGGGAACAACAAAGUAUGCAGAGUACGGUGUUUCCUCCGUCUUCAAGAACAAAGAGUAUUCCGAUGAAAUAUUUUUGCUUGAACUGAUGCAACCGGUGAUUUCCAAUGGCCAAAAUAAAUCAAUCUGUAUCGUGAGCGAAACCUACCAGAAGGAUGUUGAAAAUAAUAAAGCAUGGGCUAUAUUUGACAAUGUGAAUUUAAAAGAGUUUAGGGUUGAUCCUUUCAGUCCCCAAUUAUGCUCGUAUUAUAUAGGAUCUGUACUUGAACCAAAUCAACUUUGUGUUGAAAAUCCCUCUGGAAUAAGUCACAUUCCCGAGAAUUCUGGCAACGUAUUGGUAAACAAGAUAACGGUUAAUAAAAAACCAUUCCUUGUUUUAAUAGGUAUUGUCAGCUAUUCAUCUGAUGGAAUGCAGGUUAUCACAAAUGUUAUGAGAUAUACUAGGUGGAUCGCAGGCAUCAUAAAUCAAUUUAAUUAAAAUAAUCAACGAUUCCGAACAAUAAAAAUAUAAAAACACUAAAUUUAGUUAUUGUAACAACAUUAUCAAAGUAAGCUUGGCCAAAAUAUUAAUAUGUAUGUUGCAUUUUUAGUUGAAGCCGUCGGGAAAAUACCAAAACAACCGAUACGUCAGCAGGUCCCGCUAUCGAUAAGAUUCGGUGGUGACACCGACUGUUGAUAGCGGGAGAGGAAAUAGCUAUUUAAAUUUAGCCCGGUUCGCUCGUUAACUGGGUUAAAUAACCUUGAAUAGGUCAGGGUUUUGCUUUAGUUUUCUGCAAGAAGUCGUAGGAGAACGGUCGGGAAAAAAAUUAAGACAAAAAUUCGUAAUUAGUUUUUAGAUAACUCAAAGUGAGUAGUUAAUUAUUAGUCCUGAACUUGUAAAUGACAGUGUUUUUUUUUUAAAUAUUGAAGCCGCCGGGGACCCUAUCUAAAGGGCCCCGGAAAUUUAGAGGAUUUGGGAAGGUG